GCUCGGUUUGCCGCCUCGCACCGCCCGCCACCGUUUUCACCAGCCGUCCGCAGGUGCUGCCAUGACAGUUCUCACCUCGAGUGAAGGAACAACUUUAAAGCAAAUGUUGCAGAAGCUGUAGCUGUGCUGUUGUGUGGGAUCGAAGUGAGUGAGGGGCCGUUUGGGGACCCAGAUACCGACCGAGUGCGGGGAGCGGAGCAGCACAAUACACCAAAAUGGCAACCCCCUAUGUUACAGAUGAAUCUGGGAAAUACAUUGCUGCCACUCAGCGACCUGAUGGAACGUGGAGGAAGCCGAGGCGGGUGAAGGAUGGUUAUGUCCCCCAAGAAGAAGUCCCUGUGUAUGAAAACAAGUAUGUUAAGUUUUUCAAGAGCAAACCAGACCUGCCCCCUGGCCUGAACCCAUCCGAAGCAGCUCCGCCAAAGCAGCAGCAGCAGCAACAGCAGCAAAAGAUCCCUGGCUGCGGCGACAGCGAGACAGCCGGUCUCUCAAAGUCUGCCAAGCGCAACAUGAAGCGCAAAGAAAAACGAAAACAGCAGCACCAGGGCCAAGAUGGCGAUGCAGACGUGGAAUCGGUGAGCGAUGCUGUCGAGAACGUGUCCAUUUCAGAGGGCGGCGAGGCGGCAAACAAGACGCCACCGCCACCAGUUUCUGUUUCGUCUCCUGAUGACUCUUCAGCAGCAGCUGCUGAAAAGGCCAAGAAGAUCAAAAACCUGAGAAAGAAGCUGCGACAAGUUGAGGAGUUGCAACAGAAAGUAGACUCAGGGGAAAUAAAGCAGCCAACAAAGGAUCAGCUGGAGAAGCUCGGUCGGGCGAAGGCCUUACGAGAUGAGUUACAGCAGCUGGAGCAGGAAUCUUGAAGCAAUAAAGGACAGACUGAACAUAAAACUAGAGGACCUUUGCAGCUUUGUGAUCAUAGCUUCCAUUUAACAUAUUCUACCUAUUUGAUAUUCAUUAUGAACUUUGGAAGCAAACACAGUCCCAGCAGCCGUCAAUCCGAGAACAACAGGACAGGCACCACACCUUCACAACGGACAAACCUGUUUCCUAGGUACAGAUGUCUAAAUAGCAUUGUGACUCCUGAUCAUGUUCUUGUAUUGGCCUGGCCAGUCAUUUAUAAAUAUCUUUUAAACAGAUCAUUGUGACUUGUUUUGUGCACGUCUGUUCUUCCCAUUUUGAACGUUUCGUAUCAUCACCAAACACAAAAAAAAGAAAAGAAAAAAAAAGCAUUUUCUGUUGAGGAGAGUAUAGUUUGUUGACCUGUCUACUUUAGGAAUUAACAUUUUUUGUCGAAGGUUAGAAGAUUAGGCAGCCUCUUGUCGUCACACUAAUGUUGAGUCUACACAGUCAUGACAUUUAUUAAAAUACACAUUGUAUAAAGAGUUUAUCUCAUUGUUUUUUAGUAAAAACUUGCUCAGUAGAGUGGAUGACUGGGACAUUUGUUUGGAUGGUGGGACAUAAAUUCUUAGAAAAACAAAUAUAUUUUGGAAACAGUUUAUAUGUGCAGAAGAUAAGGCUGGCGAUAUCCUGUAAUUUCCUUUUUUGUCGAUCCCUUGAAGAAAACGGUGAACUGAUCCUACUAACAAGUAUUACCUGUGUAGCUGAAGCCUUAUUUAGUCUAUUCUUCUGUGCCAUAGAGCUCCAUUGUUGUUCAAAAACUAUUAAAAACACACAAAAGAUCUA